UUCUCUCUUAAACUUUCAAAUUUCACAAAUUAUAUAUUCCCAUUCACUUCAAAAUAACCCAUCUUUUGUAUGUGUUAAAAUACUUGCAACUCCCCUUCAGUUUCAGAAUUGUUUAUCUCAGUGAAGCUUUUUAGCAGCAUUUAGAUAGAGUUAAUUUCUCCUUUUUAGUUAGUCAUCUUACUUCUUUCUGCAGAUUUUUAGAGGGUUUAGUGCAGGUAGCUAAAUUCCGAUUUUGUUAAAUUUGAAGGACUUCUUUUACAUUAUAUUCUCAAGCAAUUAGGACAUCAAGAAUUUGAAAACAAACAUGGCAGAAGAAACAUUCAUUGAAGAGAUUGAUUGUGGAAGCUAUUUUGAUCAUAUAGAAGAUUUGAUUGAUUUCCCACCAGUUACCGACGAAACCUCGCUCAAUGUUGUCGAUUGUAACGAUUUUGCAGACAUUUGGACUAAAAAUUCGGACGAAUUGCAAGCCUCUGAUCCUAUUUUCUCUGAUAACAAUUGCGCCUCGUCUCUAUCAGCAGAGCUCGCUGUUCCGUAUGAGGAUAUAGUCCAGCUUGAAUGGCUUUCAGCCUUUGUGGAAGAGUCGUUUUCUGGUGGCGGAAUGACCAUGAACAAAGACAUUAUUCCGGUGAAAAAGGAGGAACCGUUGGUUGUGUCAAAUUACCAGUUCCAGAUGUCAAGUCCUGUGUCGGUUCUCGAAAGUAGUAGCAGUAGUUCCAGCUCAUCUUCAUGCUCAGGUGGCAACAAGAUGAUUGGGCUAACUCAACGUGGGCCACAGCGUGCACGAAGCAAGCGUCCUAGGCCACCCACUUUCAACCCUCGUGCUGCUAUUGAGCUUUUGUCUCCAUCAACCCUUGUGACAGUUCCAAUUUCUGUGGAAUCUGAAAGCUUGGAUGUUUCUCAUAACAGUCCAAAAUCAGGAAUUGUCGGCCCUGAACAGAAGAAGAGAAAGAAGAAGCCAAAGAAAGAGGCUUUGUUCCAUCUAGAAGAUGAAAAUCAAAACCAAACCCAAACGGGUCAAGCAGUUAGGAAGUGUUUGCAUUGUGAAAUCACGAAAACACCUCAGUGGCGUGCAGGCCCAAUGGGCCCAAAAACCCUCUGCAAUGCUUGUGGUGUGCGUUAUAAAUCAGGCCGGCUCUACCCAGAGUACCGCCCUGCUGCCAGCCCGACUUUUGUCCCUACGCUUCACUCAAAUUCCCACAAGAAGGUUGUGGAAAUGAGAACCAAAUGUAUACCAAACGACGUUAUGGUUAAGCUUCCCAAGCCAGAACCCAAACUCAUCCCGAAUAUGAACCCGCCCGCGAAUUACAUGUGAUCAAGACAGCUCUAUGGGUUCAGUGGUUCUUGUUAGUUUAUUUACUGUUUCUAGUAUUAAUUAGCUUGUUAAAUUGGUUGAUUGUACAGGGCAUCAAAGGGGCAGGAGGUGGAGUCUUUAUAUAGAUAUGUUAUAAAAUAUAUAAUUUUUUUUAGAUAUGGGUAGAGGAGGUUAAGAAAUGAACUUGAAGGGUUUAGAAAAGAGAUUAGGGCUCAUGAGAUGAUGUUUAGGCCUGUAAGAUUAAGAAGAAUAGUUUAAGAGAUCUUGUUCUCUUUAUUUGUUUGUUUCUUUUCAUGGUUUUUAUUGCAAUUUCUAUUUGUAGGUCA